AUGGCGAUAUGGCCAUUCGGUCGUAAAAGCAAGCGCCACACCAUCCAGGUGAGCGCCGACGAAGCCAACGUCCUCCAGCAGGCCUUGGAGCACGAUCCGCCCGCCUUCCCCGAACCCACCUUGGGUCGCAAGCCCUCACGCCGGGCCUCCAAACGACAAAGCAAUAAACGGCUGUCGCGCAGUGGUGAUGGAUCCGAUAGCGCGCAGGGGUCGGGCCCUGCAUCCUCGCACCGCCCAAUCUCGUCGCUUGACCAUCGUCGCCUGUCCGAGGCGGAGCGGGACCGUGCCGACCCGGACCAGGUCCCCCGACCAUUAUCGCGAACCGAAUCGUUGUUGAAGAAGCACAGGCAGAACCAAUCGCAGAACCAGAAUGGACCGAACAAACUUCGCAAGAGCAAACGCCAGACAAAUGAGAUCCUGCGCGAGCGCGAAAUCCGAAUGUUAUCGUCGACCCCAAUCGAUAUUCCAGGCCGGUCCGUUGGCGUAGGCGACUAUGUGGUGGAACAUCGUCGACGGAGGGCCAACGGGCGACGCGCCGAUCGGUACCUAUCAGACAUCAGCCUGUCGAUUCGGGACUCGGCGGCAUCCUCUAUGUCGGAUAUCUCCGACCCAUACACCUACAAGGUCAACGCGUUUGCAGCGCUGACACCACGACCAGUUGUACGAUAUGUGGAAACCCGCCGACUCCAGACGCCGCGAGGCCAAAAUGCCUCGAUGGGGUCCGGUCGACCAGAUCGGAAUAUGCAAGAAGCGGAGGAAGAUCUUUACUACUCCCGACGACGGGUGAACGAGCUUGCAGACUCGCUAGAUGCGAGUACGCUGCGUGAGUUGCUCGAUCGAGAUCGCCGCCGUCGGGAGAAAAAGCAGAUCGACGAUCAAGAACACCUCCGACGCAAAUUGCAAGAACGGGCAGAUGCACAACAAGCGGAGGAAAAUAUCCAGGCAGCUGACGAGACCGUAGAACCGCCGCAGGCUCAACCGGAGGCUGCUCCUGUGGUGGCCCAGGUUACUGAUGAACCAGAGCCCAUGGAUGACAUUGCAGAAGAAAACCAGCCCGAAGAGCAAGCGCCCACGUCUGCGGCGCCGAAAGAACAAGCAGGAUCAUGGCUGCAGGUUGAGACCGGGGAUGGUGAGCCUAUGGAGCGUGAGUCUCUCGAGAGUGCCCAUGUCAUCGGCAACAUUGAUGAUGGCUCUAUUCGUGGACGCAAGUUGGCAGCGCGACCCAGCUUUGCCCCUUCACUUGAGAUGGGUAUGUCGCGAACAACCCUCUCGCCGUCCCACUCCUCGCUUCGACAUGGGCUCAACAGUCCCAGCCAAUCCCAGACUUUUGGCAUGGGAUCGACCUCGGACCUCUCUGAACGACGACCCUCUGAUACUAGCGGCCGUCGCCCGAAUACCAUCACGUCCCUCUUCCGGCGUGGUUCUUCUCGCAUCAAACGACGAUACAAGGAACGCUUCCAGGACUCCAGUCCAGAAGUCUCGAAUGCCUCACACGAGUCUUUUUACAAAAUCCAAACCCAAUCCUCACCUCCUGCACCUUCCGUCAUCAUCCCUCCCCGAACCUUUAUUCCUACCGGCACCAUCAAUCGCCCCCAAUCCAAGUUCACAGAACACUUUGGGGACGAGCCUCUUUCACCCCCCGACUCACGUCUUCAAUCUCCUGACACACCUGAUAUACCUGAACAAGUGCCCGAGUCUUCCUUGGAGCAUGAGGAGGGUACUUUCCUACAUGAUCGUGCUCCCAGCACCGGCAUCGACAUUGUGAAUCCGCGUCGGCGUCGCCACCAGUCUUGGGGAGAUGGCUUCGACGCCGAAUCUGACAAUCUUCCGCUUUCGCAGUCUUUGGCUUCUAUCGACUCGGAAGGGUCAUGGAUGUCCGGUCAGAUCUUCCGCCGCAUGUCGCAGAAGAAACCUGGCAGUCCGGUCCGCUCCAACUUGGCUCCCUUUGGAGCCGCAUCGAUCGAUGGCCCCGUCGAGGAACAUGACGAACAUGACGAAACACGUGACUCAGUAGACUCUCAUGGUGCCACCAGCAACGUGGUGGGCGAGCCAGAGCUGGACAACGAAUCAACUGGCAAUGAUGCCAGCAAGCCCGCUGAAACUUGGCAUGGCGAAGUUGUCGGUCGUCGCCCGGUGCUGGUCAACCCUGUAUCUCGCCCUAAGUCUGGUCAAGCCAUUCUCAAGAACAUCACAACACUAUCCCCAAUCGCUGGUGAGGAAGACUACAUAACGGUGGACGAGACUGACCCUCCUGCCCCCCACCGAGUGGCCAGCAUGCACGGAGUCAUCAGCCAUGUGGAACAAGAUUGA